AAGAACACAAUCUGUGAAGAACACGCCUAUAGUACCUCAAUGUAGAACACACAGUUUUAUUUAUUUUUAUAGAACUAGUUUUAAAAAAGCGAGUGUUUUGUAUUUUAAAUUUCAAGUGAUACGUUCCUGGAGACUUAGGCUUUAGGGAGCAGUAAACAUGGAGAAAUUAAAACCAAUUUUAACUCAAUUACUCACAGAAAAAUGCUACAAUGAAUAUUUCAUUAAAUUUAAUUUCCUUGAUGAGCCCUGUUUCAAGUCAACUUUAAGUAAGGGGCUCGGCUUUGGAAUAAUUGCUGGAUCUAUAUUAGUAAAAAUACCCCAAAUAUUAAAAAUACUUAGUAGCAAAAGCGCAGCGGGUAUUAGUAUUUAUGGAGUUUGCUUGGAACUAUUUGCCAUCACAGCAAAUUUUGCGUACAGUUAUGUCAUGGACUUUCCUUUCAGUGCUUGGGGUGAGGGCACAUUUUUGGCUAUUCAAACUGCAAUUAUUGCUGCCUUAGUGCUGCAUUAUGGAGGAUCACCAGGGAAAGCCGCAGCAUUUUUGGCUACUUAUGUAGGUCUUGUGUCUACAUUGAUAAGUGGAUUUACACCUAAGGAUAUUCUGUGGACUAUGCAAGCAGUUAAUGUCCCUAUUAUUGUUGCUGCAAAGUCCAUCCAAGUUAUUACCAAUUACAAAAACGGAAGUACAGGUCAGCUGUCUGCCAUAACAUGCUUGCUGUUGUUUGGCGGAAGUAUUGCUAGAAUAUUUACGUCAAUCCAGGAGACUGGAGACUUUAUCAUCAUCCUCACAUACUGUGUGUCCACAUUAGCUAACGGAGCAAUUGUAAUGCAACUGUUCUGGUACUGGAAUGUUGAUACAACAAACAAGAACAAGAAUAAAAAGAAGAAGAAGCGCACAUAAUAAAUUUGUCGAAU